AAAUGCUGAGAGACUUAAGUGUUGAGUUUUUGGGGGGGUCUUUCUUUCUGAGCUUGUAAAAUAAACAAUGGAAAUAACAGAAUUGUUUUUCAUUUUCCUCGGAGCAGCAGUUUUGGUCUUCUAUGGAGGAAAAUUGCUGCUCUUUAGCAGGAUGCUUUUUCCAAAACGGUGGUUUCCUCUGCCAGAAGCCUUCUUCACAUCCAUGGGAGAAUGGGCAGUGGUGACAGGAGCUUCAGAGGGGAUAGGAAAAGCUUACGCAGUCGCACUGGCCGAGCGUGGAAUGAAUGUCGUUAUUAUAAGCAGAACAAAAGCAACACUGGAUCAGGUGGCGGAAGAAAUAGGUGAAAAAACAGGACAGAGGGUGAAAGUGAUAGUGGCAGAUUUCAGCCAGGACGACAUCUAUGGUGAAAUUGAAAAGCAGCUUAAGGGCCUCAGCAUUGGGGUUUUGGUCAACAACAUAGGUGUUCUUCCCACCUUCAUCCCCUCUAAAUUCCUUGAUUCUGCAGAGCUUGACACACAUGAGUACCGUAUUUUCCAGCGUAUAAGUCGCUUCGGAGUAUAG